CUUCUCCGUGCUCUUGCAGACAGUGUAGAGGAUGACUUUGAGCUGUCCACCGUCUGCCAUCGUCCAGAGGGACUGGAGCAACUGCAAGAACAAACCAAAUUUACCAAAAAAGAACUUCAGGUUCUCUACAGAGGCUUUAAAAAUGAAUGUCCGACCGGCAUCGUCAAUGAAGAUAGUUUCAAGCAGAUUUACUCCCAGUUUUUCCCACAAGGAGAUUCCAGCAUGUACGCACAUUUUCUAUUCAAUGCAUUUGACAUCGAUCACAACGGAUCCGUCAGUUUCGAGGACUUUGUGUCGGGGCUGUCUAUUAUCCUACGAGGGAGUAUAGACGACAAGCUCAACUGGGCCUUUAACCUGUACGACUUAAAUAAAGAUGGCUGCAUCACUAAAGAGGAAAUGAUGGACAUCAUGAAAUCUAUAUACGACAUGAUGGGCAAGUACACAUACCCAAACAUGCGAGAGGAGGCUCCGAGGGAACACGUGGAAAACUUUUUUCAGAAAAUGGAUAGAAAUAAGGACGGUGUAGUUACCAUUGAAGAAUUCAUUGAAUCGUGUCAGAAGGAUGAAAACAUCAUGAGAUCGAUGCAGCUCUUCGACAACGUCAUUUAACAAACUCAUGGUCUUCAAGAUUUUCUUUUGUUUUCAAGGUCAAACUUAUAACUAGACAAUAAGGACGCACAACCACUGGAGAGCGCACUUCCGACGCAAACUGAAAAUGCAAACCUAAUCUCUGUAUCACGACCUGGCUGUUGUUAAAACACUUAAGGGGGCCGAUCCCUCACUUGAAGAUCCCAAAGCAUUGCCUACUAACACUAGGAUUCUUCCACCUUAAGACCUUCAUGAUGAGAGCAGUCAUCUCCGGCGCGGACCCUUGCGGAGAUCUUGAAAGCUCUGAAGUAACUUCCAGCCGACUUCCGAAAAACCAGGAAAACCUUAGAAACUUCUUGCAUUUCUUUCAGAUGAUAGUAGUACCAGACAGCAUUGAUGUUCACUUAUCACAGCGCAUCUUAAAGUGUGUCGUCUUUCGAAGGAGAUGCUUCAGCCAAGUGACGCGAUUCAUCCUUAGUUUAUCACUGACUAAUGAAAGUUGAUUAUCACUUGCUUCAUUACAUAUCUCUAUAGCAUAAUUACCAAAGUUUGAAGCCCCGCCGCUAAAAUUGGAACCGUUGGAAAGUAUGCUAUAGUAAUGUUCCUUUAGCGCUUCCUACAGCUAAACUGGACCAGACAUUUUUCGACCUAUGGGUACCCAUUCUUAAAGGGGAAAUCCACCUACAGUUUUCUGACAUGCCUUAUAGAGCCCCAAAGCUACGAAAUCACUUCAUUCCUUCGAGGUCCUGAGCUUCAGCAAUGUUCAUAGAGUUCCCAGUCGACCUCUUUUAGGAAUUGUUCUUGAAGGGUAUUGGUCCUCCCUGCAGAGAUCUAGCUAGCAUAAGAAGUCUUACCUGGGAAAGAGUAUGCAAAUCAAGUCUCCUGCAGAAGGAGGGAAACUACCUCUCUAGUCUCACCUAUAGGUAGCUACCUUGUCAGUCCCUGUUCCUCUGGCUCAGCUGAUUUUUUUCCCCUUUCAUAUCAGUAAUAUACUAUUUAUUUAGUGUUAUGCCU